AUGCAUAUCCGCAAGGUGGCCGCUGCCCUGCUUCUGGCGGCAUCCCCCUGGCUCGCGGCAGCAUAUGCCCCGACCGGAGACCCAUUCAUGUCGUCCAUCGACAAGAAAUGGAGAUCCUAUGCUAUCACCGGGGCCAAAGUCAAUACUUCGUUGAUGCUCCCGGGCGUGGUCGAGUGCCUGCAUUCGACCCAGGCGAGUGCAGGAACCCGAUUCAGAAUCAAGUGGAAGGGGUUCUGCGAGGACUGGAAAGGGAUGUGCAUCCGCGCUCUCAUCCACAGGUAUGCCGGGAUGAUCGACAACUGGCAAGCCUGGAAGCCCGACGACCGGGAGUCCGAUGAGGACCACGGCUGGUGGAAGCCCGAGGACGACGACUGGUACACGCCCGAUGAGGACAGCGGCUGGUGGAGGGCCGACUUCACCCUCAUCGGCAUCUAG